AUGUCCGAUCAGCUCGUAGAUAUCCAACCUGGUGGCGAAAGUACCCAAUACGAAUCCAUUAAGGAAUACACAGUUCCUCCGGCGAAGCAGACCGGGCAACUAGGCGGUAUUCUUCAAAGAAACGUGAUUGCGGAAAUGGGCCCAUGGAGCUGA